GGGAGAAACUACGUUUCCCAGGACUCUUAGCUCCGCAGGGAUCCGAGUCCACCAGCGGCGCAGGCGGCGGCUCGGACGGUGUGCCCGCCCGGACAUGGCUUCCUUGGCUCGUCUGUUGGGCGCCGGUGGCAGGUCGAUGACAUUGCUGGGUGGCAGGUCGCUGCAGUCCGGAGCCCUGCUGGAGCUUCCCGACGCCGGAAGGUGCCCCUGGAUGCAGCCGGUGCGGGGCAGGACGCGCGGGAACGAGUACCAGCCAAGCAACGUCAAACGCAAGCACAAGCACGGCUGGGUCCGGCGGCUGAGCACGCCCGCGGGCGUGCAGGUGAUCCUGCGGCGCAUGCUCAAGGGCCGGAAGUCGCUGAGCCACUGAGGCCGCUCGGCUGGAGGACAGCAGAGCCCUAAGCUGCUGUGACACCCCGACAGUGCCAUCCUUUUGGAGUCGUAAGAAUUUGGAAUGCGGGCGAAGAUCCACAGAACCCCGCGGGUAACCUAGCUUCUGACCUGCCACCCGUCCUGCUCGCUGUUGAAGUAGACCCCGCCAGCUUUGAGUUCUCAUCUGUCAAGGCCCCAGAAUGUCUUCAGUACAAGAUAACCGCUUAUUAAAACAAACAAACAAACAAACAAAAAACCGUAAAAAACUUUUCACAAACCUCAGGGGGACAAAAAGAGACUCAACCGUCUUUAGUAUCUUUCAGUGUAGAAUAAAUCCAGGCUUUGCCUGGUGCACGUGCA